AUGUCUAAAUAAUUGCAAAAUGAGAAAUAAUAAAAUGUGAUACAAGCUUCAGGUUUGCAAGAAGCAUAUGAAUGUAAAUUAUAAAUAUACCAUAGAUUUACUUAGACAAUUAUGCAAGAAAGGCUUGCCAACUGGAAAUGUAUAUGAAUUCUCUGCUCAAUCAAUAUUGAAAUAUGAAAAAAAAUUAAAAAAUUAGAACAUCUAAACCAAAGCUCAAUAAGCUGCUAAAGAAGCACAUGGUAUACUUCAAAUUCAUUCUAGAAAAAUUCGUUAAAAAGAUGCAAAACAAAGAGCAUAGGAAUUUGGAAGAAGUUUCAAAGUAUGAAUUGGCCUUUAGGGAAGAAUAGAAGAGAAAAGAAUUCUAAUAAUAAUCCAUUUCUUAAGAGCCAGCUCAACGACAAAGCAUAGGAAGACAGAGUUUGGAUCUGAAAAAUUAACAAAUUGAUAAAGUUGAUUAAUCCCCACCAAAAGGAGAAAAAAAAUAAUAAAACAUUCAAUCAUCUCCACCAAAAUAAGAAGUCAAACCUUCAAAACAAGAACCUGAAUUAGUAGUGUAAUAACAAACAUAAAAUUAGCAAUAAUAGCAAUAGUUGCAAGGAUAAGGUUAGUAAUAAUAAAAUAAUAUCAAAAAAGGAUAGGUUUAGAAUUAAAAAAAAGACACUAAAAAACAAAACCAAAAUGAUCAAUCUAUAUUAAAGGAAUUAAAAUUAGAAGAGUAAAAAGAAUAAUAAAGAUAAUAAGAAUAAUAAAAGUAGCAAGAAUAAUAAUAAUAAUCGUAGUAGUUAUAAUAAUAAUAAUAAUAAUAAUAAUAAUAAUAAUAAUAAUAAUAAUAAUAAUAAUAAAAUAAAAUAAAUGAUGCGAAUAAAGAAUAACCAAAAGAAUAAUAAAAAUAAGACAAUAAAAAAACAAACAAGAAAAAGUGA